AUGGUGAUCGUGUCAGGGCUCGGCAAGCGGCAUGGCCGCCAUCAGAUUCUUGAUGGGGUGAUCGCGCCUACCACCACACUCACACAAAUUCGAGCUUCUAGCAUGAGCAGCAGUCAGUUGAUCCCACCUCGUCCACGGCCCGAUGGAUCUAGGCAGGCCUUCGAUACUUCUCUGGAUGAGGCAUACGAUAGGCUCUAUGAGAGUUAUGAGGAGAAUCUUGAGGAGUACGUGAAGUCGGUUGAAGCCCACGAUGCGUACCAAGCCAGCCAUAAUGCGGCGGUGAUGGCGUAUAUUACUACUGGAGUUCAGCCGACUAUGGGAUCUCCGCCACCACCAAAACCACAGCUACCAAGGAUCCCAACGAGAGAAGAAUUCCUCGCCUCGGUCGCCUCAGGAAUUCCAGGAUCAGCUCAGUCCAGCAGUGACUUUGGUCGUGCUUCUGCCUCGCCCUCACCCUCGCCUAGCCAGUCGCGGCCUAUCACUCCGAUUCAUACCGGAAGUAGUCGUGGUCCUAGUGCUUCUGCUGAGCCUGCUGACUUGCCGUUUCAGUGAUGAUGCUCUAGGAGGCAGACCUUGACAAGUGCGGGAACUCGAAGUCCGUUGUUUGUGAUCGUUGGACUUGUAAUGUCUUGCUUGUGUCGUGUGACAUAUAUCAUGAAGAACAUAUGUAUCUGAAGUUGUCGUGCUUGUGU